CAUAUUGAAUCUUCAAGAAAUUAUCCUAUAAUACACGAUUAUUUAGAUGAUCUCAGCAAGAUUGAAAAACAUAAAGACAAAACUCAGAAUUUGUUAGCUCAAGGUUGCCAUGAAAUACGAAAAAUCAAUUAGCUUUGAAUCAUUGGAUUCUUGAGAGACUAAUCACUACGGUUAGCAUAGUGUUCAUGGUGUUCUAUCAAGAAGGUGCACUGAUAUUAGAUUAUGAACUUGAUUCAACUGAGGCUAAUACUCAUAAACCUACCACAUAUUUUAGUAGGAUCCUUGUAGGGUUGUUCACCAUGUAAUGACAGCUAAAAUUGUUUAUUUCCCAAGACAAAACUACCAAUAAAAACCAUGUUAUUGAGGAUAAGUCAGCAAAUAGAGCUUGACAAGAAGGGCUUCAAUGCCUCAAAUAUGUCUGAUCCUUUUAAAAAUUUUAGAGGUUUAUUCAACUUACUUCUUUAGUUGUCAUCGACAAAAGUAGGCCCUGAUGUUCUGCAGAAGGUAUACCGAAUGACCUUAUAUCACAUGAAUUUGAAAAUCUCAUAAUGGCUUGGAAGUAACAUCCAUGUGGGUAGGUCUUGACCUGAUGUCUCUCUACCAUUGAGUCUUAUCUUCUUGUCUUGUCUAGAUCUUUGAGUAACCCAAGUCUUUCUUCUAUAUAAACGUCAUGUAUAUGGAUUCACAACCAACAAGAGUCUUUCCAUAUUCCAAUUCUCCGAAGAAAUUUCAAGUUUGGUAUUCCUUCCGCAGUCUCAUAUUUAUCUUGGAACAUAUUGCAACAUGGGUUUCCGUUUGCCUAGAAUUGUUCACGCUAAGAAAAGUCUUCAACGAUCUUCAUCAUCAGGAAAUGGAGCAUCGUCAAAGGCUGUCGAUGUUCCAAAGGGCUACUUUACAGUUUAUGUUGGUGAAGCACAAAAGAAGCGUUUUGUCAUUCCACUAUCUUACUUGAACCAGCCUUCUUUUCAAGAUUUGUUGAGUCAAGCAGAAGAAGAAUUUGGAUAUGAUCACCCAAUGGGUGGCAUCACAAUUCCUUGCAGUGAAGAAGAGUUCCUCCUCGAUCUCACUCGGAGUUUGAAUGACUCGUGAAGUAGAGAUUAGCAUCCAGAAAUAGAUUGUAUAGAAAAUGAAUUAGAAUCUAGAAACAAUGUAAACUUUUUUGAAAUGAGGGAACUUGAUUCUUUUGAUUAUUGAAACUAUAUGAUGAAAGUUCAUUCUUCCUUUCCUCUUGUCCUCUGUAGUUCUAAAAUGAAGAAGUCAUUUCCUGACUUUUCUUCCAGAAAUAUAUGCAAAUAAUUUCAUCAAGAUUGAAAAGGA